AUGUCUCAUCGCCGUGACAUAGCCAACGAUGCCAGAAUAAUAGAAGGCAAACCCAAGCAUGCUCCUUAUUCAACGAAGUAUUGGAGCCUCCCUCAGGGCAGUGUCUCUUUGCCUACGGCAAGGGCAUUUUCGGUUUCCACAAAAGCUUUCAACCGUUAUAAGCAAAUCGAGAGUGCUCAUAGAUCUCCAGAGCUUUUGGCCCUUAAUAAGGAGGACAUCACCAUCGAUACUCUCAGCCAAGUGAAAGCUUUCGAGCCCAAGAUUGUCAAGGCUUUCAAGAAGCUUGGCUAUGAGCUGUUCACGCCCGUUCAGGCUCGUUCGAUCGUGCCUAUGAUGACCGAAGAGAACGGUGUGGUCUGCAGAGCCAAGACAGGUACUGGUAAGACCAUGGCAUUUGUGAUUCCUACGCUUCAGACUACUUUGGACUACUCUUUUGAAAACAAGGGUGGCCGUGGAAAGGUCCACACCUUGGUUAUUGCUCCAACCAGAGAUUUGGCUAUGCAGAUUAAGGCAGAGUACCAUAAGCUCUUGGAUAAUGAAAGAGGCUUGAGGACCAGAGUGCAGCUUUGUAUUGGUGGUACUAGUGAUAGAAUCAUCAGCGCUCCAGGUAUUGUUAUUGCAACUCCUGGUCGUUUGGAGGCCAACUUGAGAAACCCAUCGUUUGCUUCCCUUUUCUCUGACUUGAAGUACAGAGUCUACGAUGAGGCUGACCGUUUGUUGGAUCAAGGUUUCGAAGAGAGUUUGAUGAACAUUGACGAUAUGCUUAGAGACGCCAGAGAAGGUGGUCUCCAUAAAGCCACCAAGAUGAGAUCCGUUCUUUUCUCUGCAACUGUUGAUGAGAGAGUCGACCUGUUCGCCAAAGCUACCAUGGGUGAGGACUACCGUUACAUCAACUGUGUGUCUAAGGAUGAGCAAGAGGCUCACGAGAACAUCAACCAGACUUUGAUCAAAACCAAGAACAACUACGAGUCCCACGUUGCUGCUUUUGCUGAUAUGUUCCGUAACUUGAAGGAGAAGCCAGGCUACAAGGCUAUCAUGUUCGUUCCCACCGUCAGUGGAACUGACUUCUUGUACAACAUCUUGCGUGGCGGUGCUAGCGCUGGAUUUGUUGACAGACGUACUCUCAGAAACCUGAGCUUGUUGAAACUCCACGGUAAGCUUUCUCAAGGUAGAAGAAACAAGUCAACUGAGGAGUUCAGAAACUGCAAGAGCGGUAUUUUGAUUUGUACAGAUGUUGCUGCCAGAGGAAUGGACUUCAAGAAUGUUACUGAUGUUAUCCAGAUUUGCCCAAGUUCUGAGAUUGCUGACUACGUCCACAAGGUUGGUAGAACAGCCAGAGCUGGUACAUCCGGUAACGCUACGCUUUACUUAUCCGAGUAUGAACUUCCAUACGCUCAAGCUUUGCGCCACUCAAGAGGUAUUAAUUUCUCCACUGAGGUGGACUACGAAAAUAUGACUGAGGACGUUGCUUUAUUCGAAAAGAUCAACCUUUAUGAGGCAGACAUUGAGGAUUAUGUUAAGAGUUACCUCGGUUUCGCCCGUGGUGCCUGUGCUCCAUACAACUUGAACAAGCAAGCAAUGGUCUCCAAUGUGGCUAACUUGUACAGAUCAUUCUUGCAGGAUCCCGCUGCUAAGAUCCAUAUGUCCUCAAAGACCUUCUUGCAAAUGGGUCUCAGGGAUCCUAGAGGCGAAUUCUUUGACAUUCCAGGUGGUAUUCCUAACCAAAGAAGUGACUCUAGAGGUAGCAAGGGCGGCUUCCGUGGUGGUUAUGGCAGAAACCAAAGAACCGACAGACAUAGAUCUGACAGACAUGGAUCUGACGGGUACAGAUCAGGCGGUCAGAAAUAUGGUGGUUACAAAUCUGAUAGAUACAGCGACCGUUUCGACAGUCGUCGUAACGACAGAAACUCGAAGAGAACCUUCGACUCAAGAUAUUAG